GGAGGGAAGACGAGCGUCUUGUUGUCCUGUGUGUCGGCCAUCAGAAAACUAAAAUCUUCAGUUUGAAGUUUUCCUUGACUUUUUUGGCAACAAUUGUAGGCCCUGAUCUCUGCCACGAGUUGGGAGGGAGGGGGAAAUAGCAUUGGAGCAUCUCAUAUGGCUCAGGGAUCUGAAGAACCUCCCUUCUUGAAAGUAGGAACAGAAGUCAGUGCUAAGUAUCGUGGRGCAUUUUGUGAAGCUAGUAUCAAGAUUGUCAAAAAGCAUGUAAAGUGUAAGAUUCAAUACAAAGAUAAUACUACUGCUACUCUCACUGAUGAUGUAGUCAAAGGAGACUUGAAGGUUGGAUCAAAUGUUGAAGUCAAAACUCCUGAUGGAAAGAUCAUGAAUGGAGUAAUCAUUAAACUCACAGAUGCUAGUACUUAUACUGUGGUGUUUGAUGAUGGGGAUGAGAGAACUCUUCGAAGAUCAUCCCUCUGCCUCAAAGGCGAGAGGCAUUUCAACGAGAGUGAGACUCUUGAUCACUUACCUUUAACAGAUCCAGAAAAUUUUGGAACUCCUGUAAUGCAGAAUGGGAAGAAGAGAAAGAAGAGAAGACCGAGUUUUCAACAAUCCUCAAAUGCGGAUGAUACCGGGUCAGAAAAAGAAGAGAGUGCACCAAUACCUUCUAAAAAGAAAUGCUUGUUUAAUGACAGCAUUGUAGGAAAGGUGGUGGUCGUUGAACGUGGAACAAGAAGAAAAUCUCACUGGUUUCCUGCAUUGGGAGUGAGUCCAAGUCCAGAAAACAUGGUUUACAUCAAGUCYAAGGACCAAUGUGUAGUUCGUUCUUUCAAGGAUGGAAAUUAUCAUGUUGUAAAUGUCAGAGAUACCAAAGAAUUUUCAAAGGACCAGGAUCCUGUUAGCAGUUCUCUAAAAACAGAUAAUAGAGCAAACAAACCAGCAAUAGAACGUGCUAUUGCUUAUAUAGAAACUGGGCGCAUUCCAUCGAUAUGGGAAGGGAAUAAAUCUGAAGUUGUUACUCAUGAUGACAACGAUGAUGAUAGUAGGAGAUCAUCAUCAAAACCAACCAAGGCUGCAUCAUCUGAUGAUGAGACUGAUGAAGAUGCAGAAAGGGAUGCUUUUACAGAAAAACUGCAAAACUUUAUGGAAGAGAAUGGCACACCAAUUGUACGUCACCCCAUUCUUGGAAACCAAGAUCUUGACUUACACAAACUAUAUUCUCUGGUUAUGGAAGCAGGAGGCAUGGAAGAGGUAACUAAGCAACAGCAGUGGAGGAAUAUAUACUCYAAGAUGGGGAUUGCGAUCAUGCCACCCAGUGCCUCACACCAUAUUAAGAUGGCAUACAAAAAAUAUCUUCAAUCAUUUGAAGUACAUGAAACCAGUGGAAGCACUGGGGGGUCUGGAAAAGACAGCGAUGAAGAAAAAUCAGAUACAUCAACUUCAAAAAAUGGAAGAACAAGACUUGAGAGAAAUUCUAAAACCUCAACUAGACAAGGARCGAUAGAAAAGGUAGAGAAGACUUCUACAGAUAAACGAGCUAGGACUGGAAGUGCAGAAAAGGUUGAGGAAAAAGCCAGUACCCCUAAUAAGCCAGCACUGAAUAAACCCAGAAGGUCUUCUACUCCUAACAAACCAGUUAGCAAACCAGUUAGCAAACCAGUUAGCAAACCAGUUAGCAAACCAGUUAGCAAACCAGUUAGCAAACCAGUUGCCAAACUAGCUGAACCAGUUAGUACCUCAAACAAACCAUCAACCAAACUACCUGUACCUAUUAAGUGGCCUUUGUCAAAUUUAUCAACGACAACACCKAAUAAACAAGCCACCACUCCUACUGGGAAAACAUCAGCAAAAUCAACACUCUCCAAGCGGAGCAUUACUAAUAAACCUUCAACACCUGAAACAAUUAAAGAAAAACCAGAAGAUAAUGUGAAGAUAGAAAUAAAAGUGGAAAAUGAAAACGGUGAGGUAGCCAAACCUGAGGUGAAAACAGAAGAGCAAGAAAAUGGGCAAAAGAAUCUGAAACGUCAAGACAGUAUUGAAUCUGAUAUUGAUGUUGAUGAGCAGGUGACAUCCCCUGAGUCGGAACUUGCUGUAGAUGUYGUUAAUAGCCCUGGGAGUAUGUCAGAUACCAGUGAGUCUAAAUCAGACACACGAUCAGAUGCUGGUACAGAAGAGUUUAUUGAUUGCRUUGUUGGGGAUAAGAUUCAAGUCAAGUAUGGUAGAGGAAGGAAUAGAAGAUUAUAUGAAGCAAAGAUUAUAACAGUUGAUCCUGAUGCUGAGGAAGGUCUACUGUAUUUAAUCCAUUAUGCUGGUUGGAAUAUUAGGUAUGAUGAAUGGAUAAGCCCUGAUAGAAUUCAUUGCAAGAGCAAUAAGCUAUCAAAAAAGAAAGGAGGUACAGCAAAAGAAAUACCCAGAUCCAAAAUACCACCCAGACCGCUUGGCAAACAAUAUAUACGAUCACUAAGCAAAAGGGGUACAAAGAGCCCACCACCUUCCAGCUCCAGCAACAAAGCAAGUGACUCCAAGACAAAUCAAGGUAAUGGAUCAAAGAAUUCACCCAGGAACUCACCAUCCCCACCACAGAUAGAUUCAUCUCUGUCAUCACCAGCAUCAUCAUUAUCAACUACGAACUCUAGUAAAUCAGUAGCCAAGGCCAGUACUCCCAGUAGAAGAACACGUUCAGAAAGAAGUUCACUAUCUAAUGGUUUAGAAGAAGCUGUUAAGAGUCCUCCUGGUAGAAGAAGACAAAAAYCUGAAACUCUUGAGCCACCAACAGAAAAACAGAAUCUAGAAAAAACAAAUGAAACYCCUUUGGCUGGACCAUCAGAUAAAGGAUCAACAGAUAGCACAGAAAGUUUUAAAGAAUCUUCWGAAUCCCACAUCAAGAAUGAAAAUGAGAUCAAAUUAGAAAGUAAARACCAGGAUUGUUUAGGAAGCUCUCCUAGUAACAAGCUAGAUUCUAUUAAUUUUGAAAAUUCUAAUGAACAAGAUUCUUUGAAUUUUCCKACCAACAAAACAUGGGCUAAGCUUCCUAAUGGCCUUACCAAUUACAGUUCUUCCUCUGAGUCUGACUGUCCUGAGCAUUCAACCUCAGAUAAUGACAUGGAACCAGCUUCAAAGAAGAUUAAAUUGGAAAASGAAAAAGAAUUAGGAGCAGAAAAUAUCCAAAGACUACUUGAUGAGCAUGUGGAGCAUAAGAGUCCUGUUGUGGCUCCUUAUUCUAAGGGAAGUAGCAGCUCAGAGAAUCARAAUGGAUCUGAAUGUACUAGAGAAGAGAGGGAAAAAGAACAAAAGGAUUCAGAUGGCAAGGARAAAGAUGACUUAUCAGAGACUAAAAGUUCUUCUGGUCCAGAAAGUAGUAAAGAGACCACCAGCCUCAAUGUUUCAAAAGAAGAAACAAAGUCAGAAAAGAAAGAUGAUCAUCGUAAUAAAAGACAUAGRAARAAGAAAGAAAAAAAGAAACACAGACGGCAUUCAGUGAAUGAGAACAGCAGUGAUGUUCCAGGCAGUCCUAAUGUAGCUCAUUCUCCUUCAUCUAAGGGAUCUCCUACCAGACCUAAAAUAUGUUUUGAUUCAGAUUUAGAAACUAUCAAAUCAAUGGAGGAUGGCUCUGAACGUAUACGACUUUUACAAUUGAAAAUAAAUGAAAUGAGAAAAGUAUAUGGAUCRCUCAAGGCAGAGGUGGCAAGCAUAGAUAGGAAAAGAAAGAAGUUAAAAAAGAAAAGAGAAGAUGCAGCGUCACAUGAAAGUAACUCCAAAUCUUCUCAUUCAAACCAUGUUACAUCAAGUCCAGCACCAGUGGAGUGCAGAUAGCAAGGUCAAUCAAUGAUUUAUAUAUGCAAUCCAUAUCUAAUUUAAAUCCAAUUAUUUUAUCCUAAUGUUUUUAUGAAGAUGCCCCCUCUGCAAUGUGUAUUUAUGCGACAACAAAUUGUCCUUACUUGAGAAGGGAGGGCAUUGUGUAAUAAUUGUCCAUUCRUCUUCAAAAUUAGUAGCCCACUUAUUACAGUUUACUACAAAAUCUUUCCAUGAAAUGUUUARCUUAGAAAACAUGAUGGUGAAUAUAGGUAAUACAAUCAAAUAAUAUAAUCUUACUCCAAAUUCUAAGGACAUUGAAUCCCAAAACAGGGAAAUGUGAACUCCAGCUUGGUGAAUUACAAUGCCCAUUCUUUAUUUCAAAGUAUCUCCCAUCCAUGAUUGAUAACUGCCAUAAUAACUAUUGCUAUUAACGAUUCACAUCUAGUCAGCAUUUUAAAAAAUAUGCCAGGGUAUGACUUUCUUUAAAAUCAUACUACAGGGUUUUUAAAAAACUCAAAUUAGUAUUAAUGCAAAGAUGAAAUGAAUUCUUUGCUUUUUAGAAUUCCACAGCUGUCAUAACUUUAUUAUUUAGUGGUGCUUUCMGUAGUAUUUAUUUUUGUUUGGUAGAGUACAUUCAGUUCGCAUCCUUGAUAUUGUUCCUUCACAGUCGUAUCAUACCUUACUGCAUUAUUGUACUAUACCUUAUGACAACGGUGUCAUAUCUUAUACCUUUCUGUAACAUAAUAUAACAUGGUAAUGCUGCCGUUUGGUAAAAACCUGGUAAAUGGUCAUCAUUUUGUUUUCAAGAUUUUUAUAAUCCAAAUCCCUCAAUCAUUUUCUUGAAAUUUUGUUAUUUUUUAAAYCGUUUUUGAGAAGUGUAGCAUACAUAGAUAAACAAAAUAUGUGUAAGUAUAUCAUAAAACUGAUACAUUCAUUUAUUUAUUUUACAUAUUAGAUGUGCAAAAAUGAUGUUAGGGGUGCUUAAAUUGCCCCCUGAGAUGUUUUGAUAGUUUUCUUGUACUUAGGAGUUGAUUUAUUAAGGGUUAAUUUCAAUUCUAAGUUGAUGCAAAUUUUGUGAAAAGAUACCACAAUUUUAUAGACCCCWUGCAUGUGACGUCAAAGCAGCUCGAUCUGGGGGACAAAACAAUAUAAUUCAAAUCUCCUGAGAAUUGGAACCUAUUGUUUUGUCCCCCAGAUUGAGCUGCAUUCCAAAGUGCUGCAAGGGGUCUAUUUUCCAUUUUCUUAGUAAAAAUCUUCUCUUUUUUGAAUAAAAUUACRUUUUCUCAAACCUAUUUUUCAAGAAAAAAAUCAUUUAACCUUCUAUUUAUGUACACUAAAAUACAAUUUCCUCAUGGUGCAAAUGCAAAGAAAAUGAGACAAAUUAAAACCAAUAUUAGGACUAGAGCAGUCAACUUCAUAGUGGUGGGCCCUGUAAUGGCCUCUAUAUAUAAGCAUUCUGAUUGGUUGAUUUUUGCAUUGCUUCGUUGUGAUUGGUUAAUAGAGAAUUUCUCCAGAGGUAUUAACUGUGCACAAGUACUUGUCUUCUAGAGUUCUUGCCUCCAAAGAAAAUCUUUAGAAUUAGCACAUAUAGCUUGUACCAUAGAAGAAAAGACAUCUUAAUAAGUCUUAAAAGGUAGUUUUUAAGUGUAUUAUAGUGCAGUAUAAUUUCAUAAUGAAWGGCAUGUCGUUAUUGGUGUGUAUAUAUAUUAUACAAACAUAAUGUCUAGAGUAAAAUUAUUAUUAAAUAUUGCUAAUUCUACUAUGCCGAAGUAGCGAGGAUUCAGAAUUCUCUAUUCAAGGUACUAAUGCAUUUAUGCUAAAAGGUCACAUGACUGUACAACCUUAAAGUAAUUGUGUCAAAAUGAACACCAGAAAGCAAAAAUUACACUUAGAUAUUAAUACAGAGACAAAGGCCCAGCUCAUAACAUGUGACACAGCAGGGCCGUARCCAGAACUUUUACAGAGAGGGUGCACAUCAAAUAAAAUCAGACCAUUGAUCGGUUUUUAGUAGCCRUUUUUUAUUGACAACUGUUAUGCUUUUCAAAAAGUGGUUGUCAAAAACCCGUGAAAUACACCAAUUUUAAAACAAAUGGAGAUAGAUGAGCUGACCUUAAGCUUUUAUGGGGGAGGGGGGUGCACGUGCACCAUGUGUUCCCCCCUGGUUACGGCCCUGCACAGGAAAAGUGGCAUUAAUAUGAAAUUGAAGAAAUGUGUUGGAUAACAAGAGCUUGAUGGUCAACACAUUUUCCCAUACAAAUCAUUUAAUUAUUCAGUAUAGUAUUUUUCCCAUUACUUUCUACUAUAGUUGACUUUAUGAGCUGAAACCUUAAUAUUGAGGUACUCUUUUCUAUUUCUGUUGGUCAUUUUGAAUUAAGGGGUCACAUGACCUGUUGGUGCGAGUCRUCCAUUCUUUCAUUCAUGAACAUAAAUGGAAACUUGCUUACUAUUGUCACACAGUGUGUGUAAAAAACUCAUUUUGACAACGUUGUUCACCCUAAAUCCGACCACAAUAAAUAGAACAAUGAUAGUUUUAUUGAUAGUUAUCACAAGUCAGAAUGUGCAGUGUAGGGGGGAAAUUAGAACUCAAUAAUGAACAAGUGGCUGAACCAUCAAAACUGUUUAGUUGUAUGUAAAAACACCAGAUUUUUGGGUGAACAAGAUUUUUGAAAUGAGUUUCAGUAGAGUGGCUUGACAGCACCCAUGUUAAAGGAAAAAACAAUGCAUUGUAUGUGCAUAACACAAGUUCACUUCCAGCAGGAAAUUUCUAUUUCUUUGCCCUACGACRUAGCUGUCAUAAAACCACUCUAACUACAUUUAAGCAUUAUUUGACCAGGUUGACGGUAUUCUCCUUUGCAACUAUUAUAAAUGUUGGAUGUAAUCCCCCACCCCAGCCUCCACUAAUGGCCAUCAGUGAAGAGGAGCUGGGAGGAACUGAGACACUUGUAAUGGCUGUGAAGGGAACUGUCGACAGCAAAGUUUUUGUUGUCGAGACAUGGUCCUUUCCGUUAUGCAACACUAGACCAGUCCAGUUGCUUAACAGAAAUGACAGGAAGGACAACUAAGGCCUAGGGCAAGCGUCGAACUUUCCAUGCACCGAACUCAUUAAAAACAAUGGAUAUCAGGUGAUAAUGAAGCGGCAUUCUUUGAUGCAAUUAAGUGCGGUGCAUUUAAGGUUUAACGUUUGCCCGAGGCCUAUAAGAUAAGCGUCAUUCAUGGAGUCAAAUGCAUUGCGGUCUUUUUUACAUCAUCAGCAACAUGCACUCUUUUCACCCUGUUACCAGAUGCAUUAAUGACUGCAUGGAUGAUGAUAAAAUCAUUGUAGCCCAYGCAAAGGAACCUUGAGCCCCGACAAAGCCUACUACCCUGAGUCAGUAGUUUGCAUACCAUAUAUGCGUGAAAAAGUUAACAAACAAGAUUGUACAAAUUAGUGCAAAGCUUUGUGUAMUGAGUUUCACUGAACUUACUAAUUUGUGCAAUUUCUUACAAAUAUWUCACGGAUAUAUGGUAUGSMCUCGAUCAUAACUAGUUUAUUCCAAACUCCAUAUGAUUUUCAACCCCGAGACAACUUUUAAUCACAUAUUCCAUGAUUCCUUUGCGUGGGACACGAGGAUAAUUGCCAUACUGCCAGUCGCCCUAUCAGCCUCAACCUGGUGUAUUUUAARCACUCUUCCGAAAUGUAUAUUUACAUGGCAAAUAUUUAUGACUGUGUGAUGAUAGCUAUACCUUGCCUGGAUAUCUUGCCUUUAAGGCAAUAUGUAGAAAUAGGRUUUUAACUUGUGUAUUGUCAAUUAUUCAAUGUCUAAAUAUUCCUGCCAAACCAAAAAUAUCUUUACAUACGAACAAUAUUAUUAUUAUUAUUAUUAAUAAUGCAAGGAAUAAAAUGUGUCAAUCAAUGUCUC